AUGACUUCAGCUCAAUACGAAUCGCCCUCAGACUCGUCAACUAGUCGAGUUGCAGGUCAAGUAUGGUAUGUCGCCACCGCUGAUUUGACCGUUGUCGACGAAGAAAGAUUCGUUGUUAUGGCCAUGAACAUGAUUGCUCUCCGUGUCUCCAAGCCAAUGUUUUUCUAUGAGGCCGAAGGCAUUGAGCAGCGUCGGGCAUCACCGCAGGACGUUUCUCAACAUGCUACAGACACUGGUUAUCCUCUACAAAUUCCAGCAGUCGCAAUCUCUCCGACAAGUACUAUGGAGCCCCGACCACUUCCUUUCCAGUCACCUGCUCAAACAACAACAUUCCCUACUACGUCCAGCUCAUCGAGCAAUCAAGCAAGCACCGCCCAAGUCCCCUCUCAGCCCGUUCCUCUAAAUCCAAUGAAGGAGCCUGUGAUUGGCCAUAUGGGCCGUCUUGUUGCCGAUGAUCGACAAGCACCUAUGUUUGGCGGUUCGACUACAGGCGUCCAUUUCAUUAGUCAAGCUGAACAGCAGCUUCAACUUCUCCAUAUGCACAAAGAUGCACUCCCCAGCUGUGCAUAUGGCCUUUACCUACAUAGUCCCUGGGUAGCUUCAAUCCACAGUUUGACGUCUCCAGUGGCGGAUAUUGUCGCUCAACUUCCUCCAAACACCAAUGAGAUUGUGGAAGCUACAAUAGACCGAUGGACUCCGUUGUAUCCUAUUGUUCACAAGUCAUCAACGAUUGAGGCUAUUCAACGACUAAUAAGCUUGUGUCAAAGCUCAGACUUUGAUAUUAUUAUACUUUACCAAACAGUUACUUUACUUGCACUAGGAAUGGUUGGCCUGGAAGGAAAUUGUCUACAGCAGCACAAUCACUUUAUAUGUGCAUCGGAGCCUUUUUACAUGAUUUCCACUACUCUGUUAGACAGAGUAAUUGGACAACCAUGUCUUCAAAGCUUGCAGGGUUUAGUCAUCACACAGAUUUAUGCUCAGCUGUCAGGGCGCUAUUCAACAGCAUCUCACAUAUCCGGUCUAGCCACCCGCCUGGCCCAGACUCUAGGGUUACAUCGACAUUCUGAUCGGUUCAAGUUUGACCCCCUUGAGACGGAAUUGAGAAGACGAGCAUGGUGGUGUCAGUAUUCCUUGGAUGCGUUCUCAAGCGCUUAUCAUGGAAUGCCCCGUUUGAUUCGCGAUCAAGAUGUUGAUACAGAUCUCCCGACAAGUGUUGAUCAUGACCUCUUGUCUCACACUCACGUCGAAUUUCCGUUACCAGGUGAGCGAUCACAAGUAGAUACAGCAAUUAGUCUGUUCAAGCUUGCUCGCAUCAUGGGCCGCACUCUAGAAGACCUCUACACUACAACCCGGCGCCGAGGGGGCGUAGCUAAAAUAUCGCGUCUGCAAGCUGAGCUUAGCAUGUGGGAGAGGGUUGUUCUUGAACCUGAGGUUGACCCUGAGCCGCCCACGCCCGUGACUAGCAAGUCCUUAGAGGCCGUAUUUUUGAGAGUUGCACAUUGCGUUGCUACGAUUCACAUUCAUCGACCGGCUUUGUCGUUUACAACAACAGAUCCCCAAUUCGUUUUAUCUCUCAAGGCAUGCGGACAGGCUUCCGCUAAACUUGUCGAGUUGUUGUGUUCUUGUAUAGGCAUUCUGGGAACAAGUCAUGCCGCAGGUCAAGUCAUGGCACUUGACUGGCCAGAGACUAUGCUUGUGACACUUCUUUAUCCGAAUGGAAUACACAUGCUUUGGCAAGCAGGGUUAACAAUUCUGUUCACGGGCUGGAAAGGGUAUCCAGUAACAAUUGACCAAGACGAGAACCUGAUACGGUCUUGCAUUGCAACCUUAAGGGAAUUCCACGGUCAUACGGAUGAUAUUGGGAAUCACAUUGGCCAGUGUGCCGAUGUUUUGGACCUACUACGCAAAAAAGUCUUCUCCGAGCUGGAAACGCUACCUGAUCUUGAGCAGCUGCAGUGGAAUAUCUGGGACUGGCCAAUAGAAUCAGCGUUGGAACUUGUGAAUACUCUUGAUAUAAUACCCUUGGACUUGAACUUGAAUCAAUAUUAA